GUUUUAAUGAUGAGGAGUGUGAGAGACAGAAGACAGUGAUGAUAGAACGACUCGGUGAACUUGAGAAUGAGGCGUACCAGCUAGUGGGGCACCAGUUUUCUCUGACUUCAACUGAAGAUCUGUCACAGGUGCUCUUUAUAGAACUACAGCUCCCUGUUAAUGGUGACCCCAGCAGUCUAGGACAGCCUACCAGACCCAACAGACGAGCCCCCACAGGACGUAGAGGGCGCCAGAAGACCCAGUUUUCUACCAGUAAGGACGUCCUGGAAAAACUGCGCCCCUACCACCCGCUUGCUGGGAUCCUCCUGGAGUGGCGCCGGAUCAGUGGGGCCCUGACCAAGGUGGUGUUUGCCCUGCAGAAGGAGAAAGUGUACGUGGAGAGGUUAAAGAUGUACAGGAUAUGUACAGAUGUCCAGUACUUCUCAGCCACAGGACGGGUCAGUCUGUCUGAACCUAACCUACAGAAUGUUCCAAAAGAUUUCCAGAUCUCUGCCUCAGUUCCAAAAACCACUGACCAACAGAUGGAGUGUGCUAGUCCUCUAGGCAGGACCCGUAACUCUGUAAGGAACCAAACCAAAGUUCUUCAGAUGACAACUGAUCUUUCAUUCAACGUCAGCAUGAGACAUGCCUUCAUCCCUUUUCCAGGGGGAGUUUUGUUAGCAGCUGACUACUCUCAGUUGGAGUUACGCAUGAUUGCACAUCUAUCCCAAGAUGCCAAGCUGAUACAGAUCCUGAACGGUAAUGGGGAUGUUUUCAAACUGAUCACGGCUCAGUGGAAGUCAAUCAGCGUGGAGGAGGUCACUCCAGAGGAGAGACAGCAAGCUAAACAGAUUUGCUAUGGUAUGAUCUAUGGUAUUGGUGCCAAGGCACUGGGUGAGACAUUGGGAGUGGAUGAAAAUGAUGCAGCAGUUUUUAUGCAGACCUUCAAGUCCAAAUACCCUGGAAUGAGACGAUACCUUAAGAACACCGUGGAUAAAUGUAUCAAGGACAAGUUUGUGGAAACUAUCAGCGGGCGACGACGGUAUCUACCAUCCAUCUCAAACACAAACCCCUAUGUCAGGGCUCAUGCAGAGAGACAGGCUGUUAACACCACAGUUCAGGGGUCAGCUGCUGACCUUGUCAAGGUCGCCAUGAACAGAAUUGAUCAGAGACUCUCAGAAAUAUUUCCUAUCUCACAGAAAUCACUCUCACACAGGGAACAAGGUCCUACUGUUGAUUUAUCUGAUGACAGAUGUUGUUUAGUUCUACAACUUCAUGAUGAACUGAUUUAUGACGUGACAGAGACCUGUCUGAGACAAGCAGCCAAGGUCAUCAAACAGGAAAUGGAGUCAGCCAUGACCUUGUCUGUUAAAAUGCCAGUCAAGGUCAAAAGUGGGUUGUCAUGGGCAACAAUGCAAGAUCUAGAGGUGUGA